AUGGCAAUUCACUUAAACUAUAAAGACAACGAAAUUGUCUCGUCCCCCACAGUGAUAGUGUCUGGAACGACUACUUUGAGAACUCAGCGUGGGGUAAUUUGCUUCACAAACAAUGAUUCCAAAGUUUUCCCCCCUCAGCACUUUGAAGUCAACAAUAGCCAGUUCAAAGCCUUGGUUCAUGUUUCGCCCGGAGAGCCUAAUCAUUUCCGCAUUGAAUUGAUGGAUAAUGGCAUUAUUUCGGAAGAUGGGUUUCCUAGCUAUAGCAAUGCCCAGCCACAUGUUAUUGAUUCGGUCAACUUAGUUCUCAUUUACAACCCUUUACCUCAAAAUAAGCCAGUUUACAUGUGUCUAAUUCGAGCUAGAGAUUCGCCAUGUGCGUAUGACGUGCCAAGCUAUCGAUUAUCUCGUGGAGAGUAUCCAAAUUUGGAGACUGCAAUCAAAAAGUUGAAAGUUGCUGGUCGACUAAUGCAAGCUUACACGCAGGACGAAAUGAGGAGUGUAGGUUUCAGUAACAGAUCUUUUCAAUUUGUUGAAGAGACUGUUCUGGACCAAUACUUAUUCGGGCACAAGGUUCGGUCACCCACGCCUCACCAAGAGGUCAAAAUUCACGUGUUGACGAGUCCCAAGACUGUUGCCGAGCUAAGAAGCCCAGAUUUAGCUCAGCAGAACCCACAUGCCAAAGACUCUGGUGGUCUAUUUAACCAUGCAAUUGACUUGAUCAAAGGGUCGGAUAUAUACGAUAAAAACAGUGGCACAGCUAUUCAAUGUGCUGUCAUGUACAUCGACUCAACUUAUGAUAAGCGGAACAAUUUGAUUUUAACGCAUGCUGCUCUUGGUGGCGGGACUGGUGAGGUAAAAUUGGCAAUUUUUGGGUCUCAUGGAUUACAUGCAUAUCCUCGAAGCUUUCCAAUGGUUACUCCCUCAUUUUUAGACAGCACGAAAUUAAGCACGAAGGAGGUGGCCAACGACGCUAAUGAAUGUGGCACCAGCUGGGAGUGCUUGAAUGUCUGUCUCGGGGCCUUUAUGCAUGAAAUUGGUCAUUUAUUGGGCUGUCCGCAUCAAGUCGAUGGUGUGAUGCUAAGGGACUACGUAUGGUGGAACAGGUCUUUUAUGACUCGUGAGCUUGAGUGUUUGAGAACGCGCUCUCCAGGAGUGGUCAUUGGAGCAAAUGGACAGUGGCCCAAGGUCUGCCAUUGGAAUAGAUUAGAUUUGAUUAGAUUUCUUUAUCAUGACCUGUUUUCGUUGCCGAUUGAUAACUUCCCAAAAGUUCAAAGCACCACAAGGAAACCCGACUCACUGUACCCAGAUCUGGCAGUUCCACUGCUGUAUCCACUGCCAGGGAAUGGUGCCAUCAUUUUGUCAGACGCUGGUAUUUUCAUGGUGGAAAUUGUGGAUGGGGAUUUAACUCGCUAUCAUGAACCUUACUUGCCCUAUACAUACGGAGGACCGGGGUUGAUACACCAAUGCCUCCUCAACUACCAAGAGUAUCUUACUAAAUUGAGAUCUUCCAAGCGAGAUGCAGGAGAGAAUUACAAGGUGCGAGUAAUGUCUGUUGCUGGAGAUCUUUUCAUUGACGACUUUAAAAAGCAUUGCUCUCCCCUGGAGCAAGAUAUUGUCAAGAGUGAUUUUGCACUCGGACGAGGUGAGUUGAUUGGUUACAAGAGCGAGCUUUUGGGGUCCGCCAAGGGAGAAAUGAGGAUUGCCACGUUCGAUUUGACCUUGGUAUACAAGGUUCGAGUAUAUUCGGGUGGUGCAUUAGAUGGCGUCAGAUUUUACUACAGAGGAGGAGGAGGAGGAGGAGGAGGAGCAACAGCAGCAGCAGCAGCAGCACGCACAACAAACGGAGGUCGACCUGCGGUUCCACCAAGAAACUACCUCAAAAAGGUGUUUCAACGUCACAACGAACAUCGCGGUAAUCUAGGCCAGGCCAGUGAGGCAGUUGCUGAAGGCUCAACUCUAGUUGGAAAGGAGACUGGGUCCUAUUCAGAUUUUGAAUUACAACCAGGCGAAGAAAUUGUAAGGUUCAAUAUUAGAAAUGGAGCUUGGGUCGAUGGAAUACAAGUGGUGACGAAUCGGAAUAGAAGUUCACCCAUGCUUGGAAACGCAAAUGGGGGCCAUUUAUCCUCAUUGGUUAAACCGUCUAAGGAUGCUCAAAUAGUGGGCAUGUAUUUCUACUUGGGAAGUUGGCUAGAUGGCUUAGGGUUGAUCUAUACUUAUAGAUAA